AUGUUGAAGGUUCCGGAGCACCAGGUAGCGGGUCACAAGGCCAAGAAGGGCUUGCUGGGUCCACUCGUCGACGAUUCCGGAAAGUUCUACAAACCGCUCCAGAACAACGACGCCCGCGGCUCCACCGAGCUCUCCUUCUACACCACCCUCGCCGUCACCCCCGCCAUCCGCCGCUUCUUCCCUGACUUUUAUGGCACGGCCGUCGUCCCCGCCUCCGACGGCUCCGGGCCCCAUCCCCACCUCAUCCUCGAAGACCUCGUCUCCCCCUACGCCAAACCCUCCGUCAUGGACGUCAAAAUCGGCUCCCGAACCUGGAACGCCGAUGACUCCGAAGAGUACAUCGCGAAAUGCAUGAAGAAAGACAGAGAGACCUCGAGCCUCCCCCUGGGAUUCCGAAUCUCCGGCGUCAAGGACUCCAUUUCCUCCUGGGAACCAUCUAGAACAUUCCUCCAGAAACUCUCUGCCGAGGGCGUGGCCUUGCUUCUCAGGAAAUUCGUUUCCUCCUUCAACGCGGAGGAUUCCGAUCGCGACUGUGAUUUUGCGGCGGAGGUUUUUGGGAGCGUUUUAGAGCGGCUGGUGGAGCUGAAGGCGUGGUUUGAGGUUCAGACUGUGUAUCAUUUUUAUUCGUGUUCGGUUCUUGUGGUGUAUGAGAAGGAGAAGGGGAAGGCGAAGCCGGUGGUCAAACUCGUUGACUUUGCUCAUGUGGUUCCUGGGAAUGGAGUGAUUGAUCAUAACUUCUUGGGUGGCCUCUGUUCCUUCAUCAACUUCCUUAAGGACAUCCUUCAACCCCUCCAUCACUGA